AUGGGCAAUUUACCUGAGCAGCGCCUCCAGCCUGGCUACCCGUUUUAUACUACAGGAAUGGACUAUGCGGGUCCCCUAAUAGCACUUAAUAAAAGAGGUCGCGGUAGCAAGACCGAAAAAGUGUACAUUGCCAUAUUUAUCUGCUUCGCCACCAAAUGCGUUCAUCUCGAACUCGUUAGCUCCUUAAGUACAGACUCUUUCUUAGCCACGCUAAAUCGCUUCAUUGGUAGGCGCUCGAGACCAGCUACCAUAUUUUCUGAUAAUGGAACUCAAUUCGUCGGUGCCCGAAAUGAACUUUAUAAGUUCCUCAACCAAAACGCAAGUUCUAUUGUACGUGAAAUGUCAAAUGAGAGAAUAGACUUUAAAUUCAUACCAGCAUACGCUGCUCAUAUGGCUGGUUUUUGGGAAGCAAACAUUAAAUGUUUAAAAUCACAUUUGCAUCGUGUGUUAGGGAACGCUCAUUUAGUUUUUGAGGACCUUUACACUGUCCUAGUCCAAAUUGAGGCGAUACUCAAUUCACGUCCCCUGACACCGCUGUCGACUGACCCAACUGACUUGACGCCAUUGACUCCAGGGCACUUCUUGGUAGGACGACCGAUGACCGCUUUGCCUACACCUGCGCUUGUAAAUGUCAACACAAAUAGGCUGACGCAAUAUGAAAGACUCGAGCAGCUACGUCAACACUUCUGGGCCAGGUGGCACAAAGAAUGCAUUGCUGAACUUCAGCAACGCACUAAAUGGCGCACCUCUAAGGGACAGCAAUUACAAAAGGGAGCUUUAGUCCUGAUUAAAGAAGAAGGUCUUCCGCCUAUGAAGUGGCGUUUGGGACGCAUUGUUGAGGUGUAUCCUGGAACUGAUGGGUGCGUCAGGGUCGCAGACGUUAAAACCGCACGCGGGGUGAUUCGCAGAGGCUUUAACCGUAUCUGCCCGUUACCAGUCAACGACGAAGGGUUGAAAGACAAGCCUUUCAACGCCGGGGGGCAUGUUAAGAAUUCAACGGAACCUUCCCCCACCGCGCCGGCGACUGCGGGUAGCUUGGAAAAUUAG